ACAUAAUGUAAUUAUUUUUGCCUUUGUAAAGAGAUUUGAAAUACAUUGGUUUUUUUCCUUUAAUCCCUACAGAGUCAAAUGGAAUUCAGUGUUGCAUCUCUGUCUAUACAAGAACAAGGUUCACAAAAUGAACAGAGGCAGCUAGUCAAAGCAGCUUCCGGUGUCCAGGCUCCCAAAUCUUCUCAGGGUAAUAAGGCACCUAGCUCCGAUGGGCUAAUACCAGCCAGGAAGGAAGAAGAGUCAUCUUUCUGGAAGAUAAAUGCAGAGCGCUCAAAGGUUGAAGGCAAACAGUCUGAGUUCCAGUCCUUGACCCCCAGCCAGAUCAAAUCUAUGGAGAAAGGAGAGAAGUCCCUUCCAACAUAUUACAGGCAAGAGUCUGCUCCAAAAGAGACAGCUAAAGCUGAGAAGUCCAGCAUAGCUAAACAAGAAAAUUUUGUUACCCCAAGCCUUCCUGCCACAUCCCUAGAAUGGGAGAAACCUCGACCCAGUCAGCCCUCUACUAGCACUCCAGAUGACAUCUUUCUUCCUGAGCAAUCGGAACAACUGGCAUCUGCAGGGUCAAAAAAUGAAAAUGCCGAUGGCACGAUGCUUUCAGACCCACAGACAUUUGGACAGGUAAGGACCACUAUUUAAUCCAUUAUCUUUAAU